AAACACAUCAAGACGCGAAGAUCGAGAAGAAGGUUGUUCUGUUUACUCUUUGAGAAAAACCUCGAAUUCGUACGCUUUUUGCUGCUAUUAAUGCAUUUGAAGAUCACUCAAACCUUCUUAAUAGAUUUAGGCUCCAUAAUACGUAUUUUUAGUAGUAGUCAUAGCUAGUAUUAUACAAAGAUGGCUUCACAAGUUCAUCUGUGGUUGCGAGCAGAAACCAAAGAAAACGAGCAAAGAACUCAUCUUACUCCUCAAAAAUGCCGAGAACUUCUUCAAUCAGGGUUUAAAGUCACAGUAGAGUUAUCAAAGCAGAGAGUAUUUGAGGAUGAGGCAUACAAAGAGAUUCAAGGGAUAAACAUUGUUCCUGAAGGUUCAUGGCCUAAUGCACCAAAAGAUGCUUACAUAUUAGGGAUUAAAGAACUGCCCAAUUCCAAUGAGCCAAUUACUCAACAGCACGUCUAUUUUGCACAUGCAUAUAAGUAUCAAACAGGAUGGGCUAAUCUGCUCAAUCGCUUUAAAAAAGGUGGUGGUAGUGUCUUGGAUGUUGAGUAUCUGACUAAUGAAAAGGGUCAACGUACAGUGGUUGCUUUCCCUCAUAUGGCAGGGUUUACUGGCAUGGCUCUCGGCGUUCUAUCCUGGUGUCACAAAUUGUUACACCCAAAAUCCUCAAUGCCUGGAGUGAAGCCAUUUGCAAGUGAACAGUUGUUGGUCAAUCAUGUUAAAAAGCAAAUCGAAAAAGUUUCAGAAAUCAAAG